ACCACCAUGGCUACACAAACACAAACACAAACACAAACAUUUGAUAAAAACUGUUCCUCUAAUUCAUACUUUAUCAUUGAUUCCUAAGACAAGCGAAGCUUUGAAUUUCAUCAAAUGGCUUCAUCUGCUGCUGCGUUAUCAGCAAACAGCUGUAGCACAAACAUGAGGUUACGAUUCUUUAACAACGAUCCUUAUAGGAAGCAACAGAAGCAGAAUCUCAAUUUUUUUAAAAUUCGAGCUUCCUCCUCCGAUGAGCAAGACGACUGCAAUGUUGAAGAAUGCGCCCCGGACAAAGAGGUGGGGAAAGUGAGCAUGGAGUGGUUAGCCGGGGAGAAAACCAAAGUGGCGGGAACAUUCCCACCCCGUAGACGUGAAUGGAGUGGUUAUGUUGAGAAGGACACAGCUGGCCAAACAAAUAUAUAUUCAGUUGAGCCUGCAGUUUACGUGGCAGAGAGUGCAAUCAGCUCAGGGAGUUCGGGUACAUCUGCAGAUGGAGCCGAAAACACAGCAGCCCUAGUUGGUUUCUCAGGCAUUAUUGCUGUUGCUGCAGCAUCUGUGAUACUCCUUCAAGUUGGGAAGAACUCACCUCCUCCAAUAAAAACAUUCGAUUAUGCGGGCCCCUCCCUUAGUUACUACAUUACCAAAUUUAAACCUUCAGAAAUUGUCCCAACACAAGCUUCGGAUGAAAUACCAGAGAGCUCAAUCCCAACACAAGCUUCAGAUGCUGUCAUGUCAUCAACUUCAGCUGAAACACCAGAGAGCUCAGUCUCAGUCCCAGUCCCAGUCCCACAAAUUGAUUCAGAAGCUUCUAUUGAUUCUACCACGGAUGCAGUCACAUCAACUUCAACUGAAAAAUCGGAAGAGACUGCUAUUGCGACUCCACAAGCAUUAGAGGUUGAGGUAGGAUCAGGAUAAAUUAUAACGACCUAUUAUGGUUGUUCAAUUUUUUUUUCUUAUAUGUAAGUUAAAUGAAGUUUCCAUGUAUGUAUUGUAUACUUUCUGCUUUCUUCAUCUUACCCAUCCUAGCAUUUUCUAGUA